AAACCACUUCAGCUGUCCAAGUUUGAACACGCGCCUUCGUUUGUCUAGGUUCGGACCGUUCCGUUCCACUUCGGCACUUCCCAGGAUUCCUUACUUCACCCCAGAGGGGAGAGAGAGCCUCCUUGAAGUCCGAUCAUCUCGAACCCACAACGCGUUUCGAUUCCCUAUCCCAAAUCCUUGAUUUUGCCCAUCUCAUCGUCCAAAAGUUCCGCCAAAGCGUGCUCGUAUUCCCGUGUUUUCCAAGUUAUUUUUGUUCUAAUUUUUUGAAGGUAUCGUGUGUCGAGUAAAAGUAAAUCGAAAGGGAGAGGGAGGAGAAAGUACGAUGGGGAGUCUAUUCGCAUGGCUGCUGUUCUUCUUCUUCCUCAUAGCUCUCCUCGCCAUGGUCGUUUACCAGCUCAUGUGCUUGGCUGAUUUGGAGUUUGAUUACAUCAAUCCAUAUGACUCUGCCUCACGGAUAAACCAAAUGAUUAUGCCAGAGUUUAUCACUCAAGGAGUCUUGUGUUUGCUCUAUCUGAUUACUGGGCAUUGGUUUAUGUCGCUGUUGAGUGUUCCAUACCUGUACUACAAUGUGACAUUGUACAUGCGAAGAAAGCACCUGGUGGACGUAACUGAGAUUUUCAACUUGCUUCAUUGGGAAAAGAAGCAACGGCUUUUCAAACUUGGUUACCUCAUAUUUCUCCUAUUUAUCUCUUUGUUUUGGAUGAUUUGGAGCGCAUUGGAGGAGGAUGAAAGAGAAUUCUAACUUACCUUCCCACACUCCGUAUGGAUAACGUAUUGCGUGCCGUCAACUGAUGUCUACGAGGGAGCUGUACCUCGACCAUGGCAAUUUUAAGGCUAAAUUUGUGUUGGAUAUGAUUUGAUGUUUUUCCAGAGUGAAGGGUUAGGCUAGUUGUGGUUUCAGCUUGAAAGUGUUGUACGGUUGGAGGAUAUUAUUCGUAAUUGGCCCAAUAACUAUAGGUUUUACGGCGAUUGUUGUUCUGUUUUCGGUUUGGUUUUUUGUUAUUUUUUAGUUAGAACUGCAAUCUGAACUUCUUAUGUGAACUGGUCUGAGAACUACGUUUAAUCUAUUUCAUCAUUUCAACGCAA